AUGAUGAAACGGAGAAAGGGAAGAAUAAUCAAUAUAGCAUCUGUUGUUGGUCUUGUUGGCAAUGUUGGACAAGCCAACUACAGUGCUGCAAAGGCCGGAGUAAUUGGCUUUACGAAGAGUGUUGCAAAGGAAUAUUCAAGCAGGAGCAUUAAUGUGAAUGCUGUAGCACCUGGUAUUGACCAUUGA